ACAGUCAAAGAGCACCUCAAUAUCGUAUUCAUCGGUCACGUCGACGCGGGCAAGAGCACGCUCGGCGGGAACAUCCUCUACCUCUCCGGCAUGGUCGACAAGCGUACCAUGGAAAAAUACGAACGCGAAGCCAAAGAAGCCGGCCGUGAGUCCUGGUACCUCAGCUGGGCCCUCGACUCCACCCCGCAAGAGCGCGCAAAGGGCAAGACCCAGGAAGUCGGCCGUGCGUACUUCGAGACCGCCUCGCGGCGAUACACCAUCCUUGACGCGCCGGGGCACAAGACCUUCGUCCCCUCCAUGAUCUCCGGCGCAGCCCAGGCGGACGUCGCCAUCCUGGUCAUCUCCGCGCGCAAGGGCGAGUUCGAGACCGGCUUCGAAAAGGGCGGGCAGACGCGCGAGCACAUCAUGUUGGUCAAGACUGCCGGGGUGUCCAAGGUCGUCAUCGUCAUCAACAAGAUGGACGACUCCACGGUCGAAUGGCAGCAGUCCCGCUUCAACGAAAUCAAGGACAAGCUCACGCCCUUUGUCAAGGCGGCCGGUUUCAACCCAAAGACAGAUGUCACAUUCCUGCCCAUAUCUGCGUACACGGGUGCGAACGUCAAGGACCGAGUAUCACCUUCUGUCUGCAACUGGUGGAGCGGUCCAUCCUUCCUCGAAUACCUCGACAAAAUGCCCAUGGUCGACCGCAAAGUCAACGCGCCGCUCAUGAUGCCCAUCUCCGAAAAGUACAAGGACAUGGGCACGAUCGUCGUCGGCAAGAUCGAGUCCGGGCACCUGCGCAAGGGCGACACGCUCUCGCUCUAUCCGAACAAGGUCGUUGUCGAGGUUGCGGGCAUCUACAACGAGAUGGAGGAGGAAGUGGACCGCGCGCUGUGCGGCGACAACGUGCGCAUCCGCUUGCGCGGCGUCGACGACGAGGAUAUCUCCCCCGGGUUCGUGCUCACCAGCCCGUCCAAGCCUGUCCACGCCGUUCGGCAGUUCGAGGCGCAGCUUGCUAUUCUCGAUCACAAGAAUAUCAUCUGUGCCGGCUACUCCGCUGUCAUGCAUUGUCAUACGUUGGCGGAGGAGGUGACACUGACGGCACUAUUGCACUACUUUGACAAGGCAACUGGUCGCAAGUCAAAGAAACCACCUCAAUUCGCCAAGCGUGGACAGAAGAUCGUCGCGCUUAUAGAGACUGCCCAGCCUGUAUGCAUAGAGCGAUUCGUUGACUACCCCCAGUUGGGUCGUUUCACGUUACGAGACGAGGGUAAGCGACUGCCCACGUAUACAGUCGCAAUUGGGAAGGUCACCAAAUUGAUUGAAGGUUCCGUCGAGGAGGCUGCCGAUGGCGUCGCCAAUCUCUCUGUCAGUGGUGCUGCUUAA